GGCAACUACUAUUUGGAAAGCAAUUAAGCUAGCCUUUUGAAAUGGCUUCUCCUGUGGCACCCAUCUCUUCUGCCACCAUCCUCUUUAGUACAAUCUGCAUGCUGUCCUCACUUCUGUCAAUAGCCUCUGCAUCAGCUGGGGAAGCAAAGACAAGACCCUUCAAAAGGGUUUAUGCCUUUGGAGACUCAUUUACCGACACAGGCAACACCAAGAGUGCCGAUGGUCCAAGUGGGUUUGGCCAUGUAUCAAACUCUCCAUAUGGCACCACUUUCUUUAACCGUUCCACUAAUAGGUACUCUGAUGGUAGGCUUGUAAUUGACUUUGUAGCUGAAGCUCUAUCAUUGCCUUAUUUGCCCCCUUACCGUCAUAGCAAAGGCAAUGACACUUUUGGUGUUAACUUUGCUGUUGCUGGUUCUACAGCAAUAAACCAUUUGUUCUUUGUAAGGAACAACCUUUCCCUUGACAUCACUCCUCAGUCCAUCCAAACCCAGAUGAUAUGGUUUAAUAGGUACCUAGAGAGCCAAGAAUGUCAAGAAUCUAAGUGCAAAGAUUUUGAUGAUACUCUAUUUUGGUUUGGUGAGAUUGGAGUCAAUGAUUAUGCCUACACUCUUGGAUCUUCAGUCUCCGAUGACACCAUCAGGAAACUCGCAAUCAGCAGUGUCUCAGGAGCUUUACAGACGUUGCUUGAGAAGGGUGCCAAGUACGUAGUUGUGCAAGGUUUGCCACUAACUGGGUGCCUAACAUUGUCUAUGUACCUGGCUCCUCGAGAUGACAGGGAUGACAUUGGAUGCGUGAAAAGUGUGAACAACCAAAGCUACCAUCACAACCUUGUUCUGCAAGCCAAAUUAGAGGAAUUCAGGAAACAGUACCCUCAUGCUGUCAUAGUUUAUGCUGAUUUCUUUAAUGCCUACCGCACUGUCAUCAAGAAUCCAAGCAAAUAUGGAUUCAAAGAGACCUUCAAAGUUUGCUGUGGAUCAGGAGAACCACCUUACAGCUUCACUGUGUUUGCCACAUGUGGCACACCCAAUGCCACGGCAUGUUCAACCCCUUCUCAGUACAUAAAUUGGGAUGGUGUUCACCUAACAGAGGCCAUGUACAAGGUUGUUUCUAAUAUGUUUCUGCAAGGGAACUUCACCCAACCUCCAUUGAAUUUUUUAUUGGGAAAAAAAGAGAGGCUGGGAUGAAUGGUUCACCGAGAAUAAUGUUCGGUGUAAUUUGCUUGUGCUUAUGGCUCUAAUGCAUCUGCUAAUGUAGCUUCAAGUGAGGGAAUCAGAUUUUAUCUUCUUUUUUUCUAGAACUUAUGUCUACCGCAUAUCUUAUAUCUUAUGUAAGAACUUAAAAGGAAUGUUGUAUUUAUAUUUAU